AAUACAGUGUUUUCCUUUUCAAGAUAGAAAAGGGAAAAGACAAGCAAGAGGCCGUUCGCUGGCUUCAGUUAUGGUAAAUUGGUUUUCUCUAACGAUUCAAACUCCCAAUCUUAUCCGCCGCAUAUCCAGCAAACUACGAGAUUGCAGAGAAAUGGCCGCACCCAUUUCACCAUUUCAGAUAAUAUUAGGUUCAUCGUCCAUCGCUCGUCGCCGUAUUCUGUCGGAGAUGGGAUACAAGUUCACUAUAAUGACGGCGGACAUUGAUGAGAAAGCGAUUAGGAAGGAAAGGCCUGAAGAACUGGUGAUGGCUCUGGCUGAGGCUAAGGCAGAUGCAAUUAUGUCAAGAAUUCUAGCCACUGGUGUUCAACUGGACAAUAAUGCACCUCCAACACUGCUAAUCACUGCAGACACUUUGUGCAGGGGAUGUGUAUCAUUCGUGAUGCUCCCUCUUUUUCUUUUUUAUGGAACAAUUAGGGAGAAACCAUCUAACAAGGAUGAAGCUCGUAAAUUUAUCAAAGGCUAUUCUGGUAGUCAUGCAUCUGUUGUAAGUUCUGUACUCAUAACCAACCUUAAGACAGGAACAAGAAAAGGGGGAUGGGAAGAGGCAGAGGUUUAUUUCUAUGACAUACCAGUGGAGAUUAUAGAUAACCUGAUUGAAGAGGACGUUACAUUCAAAGUAGCUGGGGGUCUGAUGUUGGAGCAUCCACUGACUUUGCCAUUAGUUGAGGCAGUGGUAGGUUCAACUGACACAGUGAUGGGACUUCCCAAAGCUCUUACGGAGAAACUCAUGAAUGAUGCUCUAUAGCUCGCCAAGGUAACGAAAAAACGAAGCUCUUUUACCUUUUGUUACAUCAUGUUACUGCGGAAAAUUAGGAUUGAGAUUCUUAUUCUUGUUGGGUGCCCAUCUUGGUCAUAGAUAUGAUAAGCUUCGAUUCUACAGGAACUGUUAACAGUAAGCAUUUUCCCCUGAUGUUCACAGAUUACUGUUUUCUUUAACAUCUCGAUAAACAUGCUGAUGAUUUGUAAUUUUCUUUCACUAGAGGAAAAAUAUAGUACCUUUUGUAAGAAGGGGUAAACUAGAUUACUUUUGUGAAAGAGCAUAGAUUUGAACUUUCUACCUUAAGAGGAAGGUAUAUGUGUUAUUACAUUUAAGCUAUGCUCAUGGUUUUUUCUUCUU